AUGAUUUAUGUUUUUUUAUUUAUAAUUUUAUUAAAUAAUUAUUUUACCUUUGAAGAUUAUAUAACAAAAAAAAAUUUUAAAAGAUCUGUAGACCAAAUAAAUAAUUUUGUACUAAAUUUUCCAGAAAUAUCUGAUUCAAAAAUAGAUAUUAGAAAAAAAAGAAAAAUUAUAACGACUAAAAAUUCUAAAUGGCCAUUAACAAUAUAUUAUUACUACGAGUCACGUAUAAAUUCUGUUGCCUUUGAAAAUGUAGAAAAAAUUAUUGAAAAAGUAACAUGUAUAAAAUUAUAUAAAAGUAGAACUAAUAGAUUUUUUUUACCAGGAAUUCGCUAUAAAUAUACAGGAAAUUGUUCAAGUGCAAUAGGAAACAUAUAUAAAAACGAAUGGCAAGAUAUAGAAAUUGGACCAAGAUGUAAUAAUUUUGAAGGAAUUUUACAUGAAACAUUACAUGCAUUAGGAUUAUAUCAUGAACAAUGUCGAUUUGAUAGAGAUUUUUUUGUAAAAAUAUAUAAAGAAAAUAUGUUACAAAAUGAGACUGCAAGUUGUGUAAAACACACGGCAUAUGAAGGUUUUCAUUAUCAUUUAUCAUAUGAUUAUGGAUCAAUAAUGCAUGCUGCUGUAAAUGCAUUUGCUAUAGGUAAUAGAAAAACAAUAAUACCAACUGAUCCUUUUUAUGAAGGAACUAUGGGACAAACUCAAAGACUUUCUUUUAAUGAUAUUAAAGUUUUAAAUUUACACUAUUGUGCUCAUCCUAAUUGUCCAUUUAAAAGACUUUGUUAUAAUUACGGAUACCAAGAUCCUCACCAUUGUCAUUUAUGUAAAUGUAUUGAAGGAUUUUGGGGUACACGAUGUGAAAAGUUUAGAAAGAAUCAAAGAAAUUGUUGGAAAACAAUAGUACUUCCAGACCGUAUGCCUAGAUUGUUUUCAAUAACUGGAAUAAAAAAAUGUGAUAUACAUUUUGUAGUAAACAAAACUAGUAGAAUUAAAUUUAAUAUUCUAAAAGCGUAUAUGUUUCCCAACACUUACCCAACAUGUCAAUAUGAAAACACUAUAGAAGUAAAAUAUUGGAUGGAUAAAUCUGUAACAGGAGCAAGAUUUUGUCAUCAAACAGAAAAUAAAACAAUUUUAUCACAUAACAAUCAUAUAAUUUUUCAUUACAGAAGUACACAAAAAAUCAAUUUUGCUAAAAUAUUUUAUCUUGAAAUAUAUUAA